CGAACUGGAAGUUUGUGGAAAAUAGUGCUGGAAGUUUGGAAAUUUCUCAAAGAUUUCUCAUGAAAAUUUAGCCAGUUCUUGUCCAGGGGAAUAAAAUAUGGUGAAGUUUGAGGUAUCUGCUCCUGGAAAGGUGAUCCUCCAUGGAGAACAUUCCGUUGUUUAUGGGAAACCAGCUGUGGCUGGAGUUGUUCAAGUGAGAAACACUCUUAAACUCGAGGUAAAUGACAACAAAUCCGUUGAGAUUUGCUUCCCAAAAAUCGGUUUAGAUGUAGUGACUUUUCCCCUUGAAGUCAUCAAUAAAUUAUUGAGUACUUGUACUGAGAAAUAUGGUGCCUUAAAGCUCCCGGAAAGCAUUAACCAUGGCGUCUUUCUCGGUGAAGUUCAGCAAUUUGUCCGGGAAAAUGUUACAGGGAUUAGUAAAAAUGAUCUGGAUACGAGAGAAUUAAAUUCUCUGUCUGCCACAGUCUACCUCUUGAUGGGAAUUCUGAUUGAGGGAAAAACUGAGAACCUUCAAAAGGGAUUCACGAUAAACUUGAAGACGGAAAUGAGUGUUGGAGCAGGAUUGGGAAGUUCUGCGAGUUUUGGGGUUUGUCUGGCGGCAGCUUUCUACUUUUUGAUCAGGUUGCUUGAAAAGGAGAGCUUCCUGGAAGACUUUCAAAAUCUCAGUGAGACGCAACAGCACGAUGUCAAACAGAGAAUUUCAACUUGGGCUUUCUAUUCUGAGAAAAUUAUGCAUGGAAAUCCUUCGGGAUUGGACAAUACUAUUUGUACUUUUGGGAAUGUGGUUAAAUUCUACAAAGGACAUCCUCCAGUUGACAUCAAAUUGGCCUGUUCUCUGCCCAUUCUCCUCGUGGAUUCGGGCGUAGGACGUAGCACUGCGAAACUUGUGGAGAAAGUCACUGAUUUGCGAGCUAGACACACAAAACUCGUGGACAAUAUCUUUGAGGCUAUGAAGUAUCUGGUUGAGGAUGCCGUUGACAUUCUUGAACACAUCACUCACAUUUCAGAUACUGAAAACUUCCACAAAUUGGAGAAUCUCGUGUCCAUGAACAAUAAUCUCCUGAGAUCUCUGGGUGUUUCUCAUCCGGCUCUGGAGAAAAUCUUUGUUAUUGCUGAAAAAUACGGGUUUCACGCUAAAUUGUCUGGAGCCGGUGGAGGAGGAUUCGCCAUGAUCCUUCUGCCCAGUUGGAACAUCCAUGAAAUGAAGAAUUUCAGGCAGCUCAAGGAUGAUCUUGAGAAAAAUAAUUUCCAAUGGAUUCUCACUGGAUUGGGCGGCGAAGGAUUGACUUUCAGGAAUCUCUGACCAAAUGAUCUUUCCCUGAAGAUUAAGCGAAUAUUGUGUCUCGGAUUAAACAAACCGUUAAAUUUUUAAAUAUUCAGUUGUGUCUAGGCUAAAAUACACUGAGAAAAAAUAUUGGGAAAAUGCAUUAUUAAAAAAAAGGUGAAAAAGUAUUACUGUGAAAGACAAUUGAUAUUUGUGGUUGGGAAGCUGAAGGAAAACUUUUUUAAAUGGAUUUUUAUGGAAAAAAUAAAUUAUAUUUUGCGGCUAAA